GGAGAGGUGGAAAGUUGCAACUUCAAGGCAAUAUAGACCACAUGCUAUGGAAAGGAAUGCAUGCGUAUUUGUAGGAGAGUGGAAGAGCAAAUGAAAAAGAAGAGAGGAGGAGAGAGUAGGAGGUGGAGGAGGGAGGGAUCUAAGCGAAGGUUGCAGCGUGGCUCUGUGUCUGAAUGAAAGAAGCUCUCUCUCUCUCUCUCCACUACUGUCUGUAUGUAUGGCUUCUGUCCGCUGCACUAAAUGAGCACAUGUCCAGAGCAAACACAACGAGACUCUCCAAGUGACUUCAAGCUGGAAGUAAACAUUAGGAGAAACUUCGGCUAAAGCUGCAACUCUCAUUCUUUCAUCUUUUUUUUUUUUUUUUGAGGGUUUGUACUGCUUUCUAAGAAGCUGGAUCACUUCUUAGAAAUGUGGCUGCUUUUGUGAGGAUUGCUCAGCAUCCCAGCAAAGAAUGUGUUUUUCAGAAAUUGUCAUGUGAUGGACAUUGAGCUCUAUUAUUUGGAAGAUUUUUGGAAACGUUAAAGAACUCAUAUUGUGAUCUACAGGUGAUUCUCUGUAAACCUGAGUAACAUAGACUGAAACUCUUCACCUCAACAGGAAUUUGGGACACUGAUUCUGCCAAUUUCCACACACCUCUUGGACAUCAGCACUGCACCACCAGAAGAAUUCACUGGACCUGGAUCAGUUUAAACUUAUUUUACCUUAUUUACACACAUCACAAGAGCAGCUUGUCAUAUAAGUGUGAUGUGUGGGUUGGUAAUUUAACCAGAGCAACCCUGAGUGCACCGUAGGCCAACUUGCAGGCAGGUGUGAUUCUGGCUCAGUGUGUUUGAUACACACAUUCACAUAAAUACACACACAUAUAUAUGAUUGUCUGAAACAGCAGAGAUCAAAUGGGGACAUUCAAAUCUCAUGGAAUCUAACUUUGUGUCUCAUGCCUGAGCUGGACAGAUGCUUGUAGAGGUGUAACAUGUACAUUUAUCUCUUCUCAUACAUUUGUGGUUUUUAUUACCACCUACCUUGACAUAUCACAUACAUUGAUUUAUUGCAUUACAAGGAGUGGUGCCAAACUACCCUGAACUCAAAGAUAAAAGCUUUAACCUAAAACAUGACCCUACAAACCUGCACUUUGGUCCCCCGUCACAUCUUGGAGCACUCCUUCCCCCCUCACUUCCUCCUCCCCGUCCUGCUCUUGCUCCUCCAAGCCUGGCGGGGGAGCUGUCACCCCCAGUGUUUGGACUACAAGCCUCCAUUUGAGCCCCGACAGCCACUGGUCUUCUGUAAGGAGUACAAUAAGUUUGGAUGCUGUGAUUUGGAAAAAGAUGAAGAGAUAUCAGCAAGGUUUUACACCAUCAUGGAAAACUUUGACCAUUCAGGGUAUGUGACCUGUGGCAAGUUCAUACGCAGCAUCCUUUGCCAGGAGUGUUCUCCAUAUGCUGCCCACCUGUACGAUGCUGAAGAUGCAAACACACCUAUGCGGAUGCUGCCUGGGCUGUGCGGUGAUUACUGCUCUGACUACUGGAUGCAGUGCCGAUACACUCUCAGCCUCCUCCUAGAGGACCUGGGGAGCCCACAGCAGUUUGCAAACCUGACUGCCACGAUAGAGGAAGAUCAAAGAAAAUUUUGUAACUUCCUGGAGCUGAAGGACAAACAGUACUGCUAUCCUAAUGUACUGACAAAUACAGACCUAAAUGCUAACCUGGGCUCGGUACGUGAGGAUUCCGAAGGCUGUCUGGAGUUAUGCUUGCAGGAGGUUGCCAACGGGCUCCGUAACCCUGUGGCGAUGAUCCACGCAGAUGACGGAAGUCACCGUUUCUUUGUUGCGGAGCAGCUGGGCUAUGUGUGGGUGUAUUUGGCCAACGGCUCCAGGAUUGACCGCCCUUUUCUCAACCUCACAAAGGCUGUCCUCACAUCACCGUGGGCUGGAGAUGAGAGGGGGUUCCUCUGCAUAGCUCUGCACCCAAGGUUUACCACAGUCAGAAAAGCCUACGUGUACUACUCUGUGUCUGUCAAGAAGGAGGAGAGGAUACGUAUCAGCGAGUUCACACUGUCAACACAUGAUGAUAACCAGCUAGACCACUCCUCUGAGAGAACCAUCCUAGAGGUGGUAGAGCCGGCGUCCAAUCAUAACGGAGGUCAGCUUCUGUUUGGUCAUGACGGGUAUCUGUACAUCUUUAUUGGCGAUGGCGGCCGAGCUGGGGACCCUUUUGGGAAGUUUGGCAACUCACAGAACAAAUCAACCCUUCUUGGUAAGGCACUGCGAGUUGAUGUCAACAACAAUGACGAUGGCACUCCGUACAGCAUUCCCUCAGACAACCCGUUUCUGGGAGAGAAGGAGGCACGGCCAGAAAUCUAUGCUUAUGGAGUGCGCAACAUGUGGCGUUGCUCUAUUGACCGUGGUGAUGCGAUUACAGGCCAAGGCAGAGGCCGGAUGUUCUGUGGUGAUGUUGGCCAGAACAAAUUCGAGGAGGUGGAUCUCAUUGUUAAAGGAGGCAACUAUGGAUGGAGGGCCAAAGAAGGCUUCAGCUGCUACGAUCGCAAACUCUGUCAGAACUCAUCUCUAGACUCUACAGGGAGAUUUUGAAUCGAAGAACAUCAGUUCUGAGCAGCAGCAGCAAGAUAAAUCCCACCAUGGAGUCCAGACACUGGUGCUGGUGGUGGCUGAUGACUUCUGCUGAGACUGAUAAGGCUGAUGAGGCUGAUGAAAUGAUGCACUGAUGAAUCUGUAAAGACUGGGUGGUGAUGGCGAAGUGGUGGGGCAUGCAUAACGCAGCAUGAAAGCACUAAAGGCAGAAACAUAUUUAAAAAGACAGCCACAAUAUGAUUACAAUGAAGGUUUGUCACCGUGCUAUUGAACAGAUGUGACCAGCUGACGUCUCACUUGACACCCGGGCAAAGACAGCCAGGAAAUGAUGAGUGAGCAUGUGUGAGGAAUGGGAAUGACAGAUGGUUUCAGAACUAAAACUACAGACCUGAGCAUGCAAAAGAUCAUCUUCCUGACUGAACUGUUGCUUCAGUUCAAUAAGUAAUGUGUUGUUCUGUGUCUGUACC